AUGAGCAAACAAGGCGCAAAUUUUGGUGGCACUGUUGGCUGGGAUCAACAAACAGUUAUUGGUAAACGUGCACCACGACCUGGAGAAUUAAAAAGUGAAUCAGCUAUAAAUGCUGCUCAACGUGCUGGUGUUGCUAUUGAUACAUCAAAAAAAUUUGCUGCUGGACAUAAUCAACAACAUCAAUCAGCAAAAAAUACUGCUAUCUUAGAUCGUGAAACUGAAGAAUUACAUCAUGAUAGAGUUAAUAAAGAUGUUGCUAAGGUUAUACAACAAGCGCGAGUUGCUAAAGAAUGGACACAAGCUGAUUUAGCAAGAAAUAUUAAUGAAAAACAACAAGUUAUUAAUGAAUAUGAACAAUCAAAAGCAAUUCCAAAUCAACAAGUUUUAAGUAAAAUGGAACGUGCUUUAGGUGUUAAAUUACGUGGAAAAGAUAUUGGCGAACCACUUGCUGGACCAAAAAAGAAAUAA